CUGUCAGGAAGAUGAUGGAAUGGACCAAGCUCAGGCAGCGCCUGGAGGAAGGGGCCUCCUCCUCUGCCAGCCCCGCCGUCAGAGGCCUCUGUCUGAAGGCCCUCAGGAGCGACAUCUUCCAGCCAGGAGAGGUCAAGCGCCUGCAGGAUCACCUCUUGGUCCUCAUUGAGUCGGUCUUCAGUGGAUGGCAGCAGGACGUCCUGCGGGGCCUGAAGGACAUCCUGGCCACCCUCCAUGAUUUGAACGGCCAGGGGGCUGGGGACCUCACCCUGGAGUUCGCCGUGAACACCCGGUCCUUCUUCGAAGACGAAAGACCCAGCGUCCGCGCCAGUGCCUUCGCUUUGUUCGGGCAGCUGGUGAUGGGUGCCAAGGAAGCAGAGAAGGCCUUCUUGAAGCAGGAGGUGCUUUACAGCCUCCUGCCGGUCAUUCUGCACCUGCGGGACCAGGACAGCGCCACCGCCAUGAGCUGCAAACUGGCCCUGCUGCACUGCGGCCACUUCCUGAGGUGGCCAGAUCUGCACCUGAUGUUCCACAGCCUCGCCUGGAAAGACCUCCUGGGCUGCCUAGCUGACGCCUGGAGCCACCUGAUGAAGAACCACCGGGAGAGCACUCACAUCUUCAUCUCCCAGGCCUUGGGGUACCUCCACCACCCCCAGGCCAAAAUCCGGCGCACGGCAGCACAGUUCAUAGGCCACACACUGACCGGCUACAGCUUGGAGCUGUCGAAACACUUGGAGCAGGAGGACAUCCUCCACCUGAGGAGAGUUUUCCAGGGAAUGGCGUCGCACCCAGACCCAAGCAUGGUGCGCUUUGCCAAAAAUUACCUGGGGACCCUGCAAAAGCUGUCACCCAAGAAGAGGCUAUCGGGCGCAGGAGAGGAGCCUCCAGCGGUCCCUGGCAAGGAGGACACCAGCACCGUUAGAGGGAUCCAGCUCCAUGGGACUUUUGACGGACCGCCAGCCACACUGCCGCCGGACUCCCCUGUGCGCGGAGGGUCACCGGUGGUGAAGCGAAGCCGCAAGAUGCUUCUGGGCGCACAAAGCCCCCGGCCAGAGAGACGGCCCCUUCCUUAGCAAGGGGCUGCCCUCUUAUACGCAACCAAACUUCUCACACAUUUGUUCUGGAUCUGGAAAGGAUUGGAAUUAAUUAUUGUUAUUGUUGUUAUAUUUAUU